AAAUUGUUAUUGUUAUUGCUAUUUUGAAUUGCCAGUCAACACAUCAACUGGUGUAAGCAAAAAAUGGAAAUGUUACGAGAAAAUAAUGAUAACGAUCAUGAUGAUUUGCUCGAAUUAUGCGAUAUAAACAUUGAUCACAUUAUGGAUAAUCUUCGAAAUCGAUAUGAACGACGGAUCUAUUACACACAGAUUGCUAAAUCAACCUUGGUAUCGGUCAAUCCGAACGGCAGCGACACCAAAUGCUUGUAUGGAGAUGAUUACAUUGAAAUGUAUCGUGGUACCACCACCGAUACCGCCGACAACAAUCUACGUCCGCAUAUUUUUGCCGUAGCCAAUUCAGCCUAUCGAAUGAUCUUCGAACAAAACACUGAUUGUUCUAUAAUUGUGACAGGGGAAAGCGGCAGUGGCAAGACCGAAGCCUCGAAACUUUUGUUAUUGUUUCUGGGCAAUGUUUUUCAAUCAUCCUCGGAAAUUGAAAAUGUCGUCGACACCGUAAUCAAAUCGAAUUAUAUUCUCGAAUCAUUUGGCAAUGCAGUCACCAAUUGCAAUGAUAAUUCAAGUCGAUUCGGAAAGUUCAUGGAAAUAUCAUUUGUACGCGAUGACCAACAUCAUAAUUAUGAUUGCUCAUUCGCCACGAUUCAUGAUUAUUUGCUGGAAAAGUGUCGAGUGGUCGAUCAACAACAGGGUGAACGUAAUUUUCAUUGUUUCUAUCAGAUGUUGAGUGUUUUGAAAUCAGAGAAAUAUGCUGAUUUGUUUUCCGAUAUCAGACUUGCGGAUGCCGAUAUUGAUUCAUAUUAUUAUCUUUGCGGCAGUUCGGGCCAUGACGUGCAAGAUGCUUCGAAUUUUGACAUGGUUUUCCAAUCAAUGUUGGCUAUCGGCUUUGAGUGGGAACAGAUUCGUUGCAUAUACAAAGUAUUGGCAGCAAUUCUUUCACUGGGAAACAUUCAUUUUGAUGAGAAAAAUGAUGAUGAAUUCGGUGAUAAUGACCAUUAUGAAAACUUUGUCAUUGAUCCAGAAUCUUUGGAUGAAUUUUGCCGAUUGUUAUCGUUGGAUUGUAACCAUGCAUUGCUCACAUUGUGUAGCCGUUUGAUUUGUACACCAAAUGACUUUGUUCGUAAAAAUUAUGAUCAAACACAGGCGAUUCAAAGUCGUGAUGCAUUGGCAAAACUGUUAUAUCGCAAUCUAUUCGGAUACAUUCUGAAAUUGAUCAAUGAACGAUUAAUUAUGCAAAAAGAACGCGUCGUUGCUGAUGAUGAUCGGCCACUGCAAAUCAAUACCAUUGGCAUAUUGGAUAUCUAUGGAUUUGAAGUUUUGGCCAAAACCAAUGGAACCAAUGGAUUCGAACAAUUUCUGAUAAACUAUUCCAAUGAAAAAUUACACCAAUUAUUCAUUGAUUGCUAUUUGAAAAAAGAACAGUCCUUAUACGAAAAAGAAGACAUUUGCUGGACAAAAAUCAAUAUCGAUAAUCAUGAUGACAUCUGCCAAGUCUAUCAUGAUAUCUUCCUCAUAUUGGACGAUAUUUGCACCACCGGCAAUAAUCAACAGCAGGAUGACAGUGUGUUUUUGAAAUAUCUCAAUCAACAUUUCCAACACAACGAUCCUCAUUUCAAAAUCCAACUCGAUGAUUUUGGCUUUCUCAUCAAUCACUUUGAUGGCCGCGUUUUAUAUGGAGCGGAUGGAUUUGUUGAAAAGAAUCUUGAUCAACUUUACUAUGAUCAUUUGGAAUUGAUGCAAACAACCACAGAUCCUUUGAUGCAAAAAAUACUGCAAGGUGAUUCGAAAUUACGCAAGGCCAGAAAGAACAAAAGACCAUCGACUGUUGGCCAGGAAUUUCGUCAAUCGAUGAAUACGUUGAUCAAACGGCUCAGCAGUCGACAACAAUUGUAUGUUCGUUGCAUCAAACCAAAUGAAUCCAUCGAUCAACAAGGUUUCAACGAGAAUAAAGUGCGACAUCAGAUUCAAUACCUGGGUCUGGUGGAACAUGCCAAAAUUUGUCAGGCAGGCCUCUGGCGUCAAUACCGAUACGAAGAUUUUGUUCGUCGAUUCAAAAUGUUUGCCGACCCACAACUAUUGAUGAUUCCGGAAAAGAUUGAUCAAGAUCUUCGAGCGAGUUACCAACCUGUGUGCAAAACGAUCCUGGAAAAACUGUCCGAUGUUAUUGUCGAAGACGAUUUCAACAACCACCAAAGCGAUCAGAACAAGAAAUUUGCAUUCGGUCGAACCAUAUUGUUUGUUCGUGAUCCGAAAAUAGUGGAGUGUUUGGAAAAGAAACGUUUCGAAUAUUUCCGCAAUUGCAUUGUUCAAGUUCAAACUCUGGCACGGCGCUUUUUGGCCAUUAGGCGUUUCGAACGUCUCGAACUCACUCGAAUGGCAUUCGAAUUGUUUUGUCGACGGAAAAAAUUGGAAAUGAUCAACAAAUUUCUGGACAAAUUCGAAAAUCGUUAUUUCAAUCAAUACAUGUUCUGUUGUCUGCAUCGUCCGGCCAAAUACCUGGAAUAUUUGGAUUUGAUUUCGAUUCGUUAUCGCAACAAAGUAACAUUUUCGAAUAAUAGCCGCAGUUUACUUGAUAACAAUGUUUACAAUCAACUAUUACCCGAAAUGAUUGAUUAUUUUAAUCAUUGGUUGAUCAUAUUGAAAUUUCCCCAUAGCUAUUGGCAGGAAAAAGUACUAAGAAUGGACGCUGAAAUCAUUUUCAAAGGUAACAAAAGCGAAUGGGGUUGCUCGAGAAAAAAAUGGCUUGGCAAUUACCUGCUGGACGAUAACGAAUAUCAGGCUCAUGUCAGUGCCAGUGAUGGCCGCUUGGGCAAACUUGUAUUUGCAGCCAAAAUCAUAGCACCAAAAUCCUCUUCAGCCAAACACUACGGCUUGAUUAUGGAUAAAUCGGCUAUUUAUAAAAUGAAUUUGAAACAUAAAACUCUUGAGCAAUGGAUUCGUCUGAUAGAUAUUGUCGGCGUCAGUAUUAGUACUGGAUCCGAUCAAUUGGUUGUUGUGCAUGGCCGCUAUCACAAUGAUCUGGUAUUUGCAUUCGAGAGUUGUUCCACAGAACAGCAGAAACAUCAACAAGACAAGACGAGCCCGGGUAUCGAUUUGACCACCACCACACCGUCGGAUGAAAACAACAAAGUGGGAGAAUUCGUCACAUUACUUUGGCAAACAAUCGAAUCGCUGAAGAUCAAUUUUCAUUCGGAUUACAUUGAAUUUCGAUCGGAAAAUGACAGAAGCCAGAUAAAAACUGUAACACCCAUCGAGUGGAAUAGUCCGGAAUUUCAUCAGAUCCUCCUCAUCGAUGACAUUGAUGGCGAUCACCAACAACAACCAGACAUGACUUGUUAUUUAAUUCAAAUUCUCAAAUCCAUGAAAAAUAAUUUUAGCAGCAAACAUAAACGACGACGACGGCGACGAGGACAAUCAUCAAAGAAAACGAAUGAUGAGGAAGAUAAUCGGGUGAAGCAUGAACAGCGACAGCGGGUCAAUUUUUUCCACAGAAUUUCGGACAACCAUUAUAUUCUUACUUAUGAAUAAAGCAAGCAGAUGGCGCCGUUAAA